AUCUGAAUCAGGAAGAAUCAGGAGGAAGAUUUGAGGAGCAGAAAUUGAGAUUCAGACACCCAAAUGUGUGGGAUUUUCGCGUAUUUGAACUACAACGUCGACAGAGACCGGCGCUUCAUUCUUCAGGUUUUGUUCAAUGGCCUCCGUCGUUUGGAGUACAGAGGCUACGAUUCCGCCGGAAUCUGUGUUGAUUCGUCUCCUUCUUCGCCCUCCCAACUCAAUUGCGAUCUGAAAAGCAACGGCCAAUGCUUCCCUCUUUCUCUUCCUCCGCCUCCCCUCGUCUUCCGUCAGGCUGGCAACAUCGAUUCCCUCGUCAAAUCAGUUCAUCAGGAGGUUGCAACAAUCAAUUUGAAUUUGGAGGAACACUUCUCUGUACAUGCUGGAAUUGCACAUACCCGGUGGGCAACUCAUGGAGAGCCAGCUCCAAGGAAUAGUCAUCCUCAGACCUCUGGUCCUGAAAAUGAAUUUCUGGUUGUUCACAAUGGAAUUGUUACAAAUUAUGAGGUCUUGAAGGAAACACUAGUUCGUCAUGGUUUUGUUUUUGAAUCUGAUACAGACACGGAAGUAAUUCCAAAGCUGGCAAAAUUUGUUUUUGACAAUGCAAGUGAAGGCGGUCAGGCUGUCACAUUUAGUCAAGUUGUGCUUGAAGUUAUGAGACAUCUGGAAGGAGCCUAUGCGCUUAUUUUCAAAAGCAGACAUUAUCCAAAUGAAUUGAUUGCUUGCAAGCGGGGUAGUCCGUUGAUCCUUGGAGUUAAAGAUUUAGCCGAAGAUACUUGCAAUGGAUCAGCAUUCAAUGAUGAUAAGUUCCUUUCAAAAAAUGGACACCCAAAAGAACUUUUCUUAUCCAGCGAUGCUAAUGCCGUCGUAGAACAUACAAAGAAAGCUUUGGUUAUAGAGGAUGGUGAAGUUGUUCAUCUUAAGGAUGGAGCUGUAUCUAUUUUGAAGUUUGACAAGGAGAAGGAAAAAAGUGGUGGUUCUCUUUCUAGACCUGCAUCGGUGCAACGUGCGCUAUCUGUUCUAGAAAUGGAGGUUGAGCAAAUAAAUAAGGGAAACUACAAGCAUUACAUGCAGAAAGAAAUUCACGAACAACCAGAAUCUCUAACGACCACAAUGAGGGGGAGGUUAAUACGUAGGGCUUCUUCCAAAGACAGGAUUGUUCUAUUGGGCGGGCUAAAGGAUCACCUUAGAACAAUAAGGCGCAGCAGGCGAAUCGUUUUUGUUGGUUGUGGUACAAGCUAUAAUGCUGCUUUAGCUGCCAGACCUUUCUUAGAAGAACUCUCUGGUGUUCCUGUUACAAUGGAAAUUGCUAGUGAUCUGUUGGAUCGCCAAGGGCCAAUAUAUCGAGAAGAUACAGCUGUUUUUGUCAGUCAAUCUGGUGAAACUGCGGAUACCUUACAUGCCCUAGAGUAUGCUUUGGAAAAUGGUGCGUUGUGUGUAGGCAUUACGAAUACAGUUGGUAGUGCAAUAGCCAGGAAUACACACUGUGGAAUUCAUAUAAAUGCGGGUGCCGAGAUUGGUGUUGCAAGUACAAAAGCAUACACAAGUCAAAUAGUUGUGAUGGCCAUGAUGGCUCUUGCAAUUGGUGGAGACUCAAUCUCCCAUGAACCAAGAAGAGAGGCUAUAAUUGAUGGUUUGUUUGACUUGCCAAACAAAGUGAGAGAAGUGCUGAAACUUGAUCAGGAAAUGAAGGAUCUUGCCAAACAACUGAUUGCUGAGCAGUCACUUCUUGUGUUUGGGAGAGGAUACAACUACGCCACAGCACUUGAGGGUGCUUUGAAAGUAAAGGAAGUCGCUCUUAUGCACAGUGAAGGAUUGCUUGCUGGGGAAAUGAAACAUGGUCCUUUAGCAUUAGUCGACGAAAAUCUCCCGAUUGUGGUUAUUGCUACACGUGAUGCUUGCUUCAGCAAGCAGCAGUCUGUCAUCCAGCAACUUCAUGCCCGUAAAGGUCGCCUGAUAGUAAUGUGUUCUCAAGGGGAUGCAGAAUGUGUGUGCCCUGGAGAUUCCUGUAGAGUAAUAGAAGUUCCACAAGUCGAGGAUUGCCUUCAGCCCGUCAUUAAUAUCAUUCCAUUACAGUUAUUGGCAUAUCAUCUCACUGUUCUUAGGGGUUACAAUUGUGACCAGCCUAGGAAUCUUGCCAAGAGUGUCACAACCCAGUAGGGAACUACCUCCAUUGACAAUAUCCUUAUGCUUCUUUAUCUCUUUCCACCUCGGAAGGAUUCGGCUUCUUUGUGCCACGGUGCUCGGGAUCUCGUGUAGAUCGUGACAUUUCGUCUGAUGAUAUGAUUUUUAGUGGGGUUGUGAGUCUUGUCCAUUGUAAAUUGGUAGAUAAUUAUAGCUGCGUUGCUUUCACAAUUCUAUUCAUUUUAAAGAUAAUGUGGUUAGUUUUCAUGAUCAUGAUAUGUUGUAUUAUGCUUCAUUCUUAUUAAACAAUUAUUAUUUUUUCUA